AAGAGUAAUAGCAGCAAAACACACGCAAACAAAAUCAAGUAGUAAGAGCGAGAAGAGAGAAGAAGAAAGGGAGAGAGAUAAUGCAGUGUUAUGGCUUAACCGUACCGGGAAGCGUGCCCACCGUAUCUCCAGUGUUCUUGAGGCCCAACAGGCCCAUUAUCGCGACCCGAAUCGCGUUUCCCAAGGCGACCCUGAAUAAGAACCAGGGCUUCGUGGUGGAGCUGAGCUUCUACGAGCUUCUGGGCAUACCCGAAUCGGUUUCGGUAACGGAGAUCAAGAACGCCUACAAGCAACUCGCCCGAAAGUACCACCCUGACGUGUCGCCACCGGGUCGGGUCGAAGAGUACACCAAGAGGUUUAUUCAGGUGCAGGAGGCCUACGAAACCUUAUCUGAUCCUUCCCGAAGAGCUAUGUACGAUAAGGACAUGGCCAGGGGCAUUAACUUGGCCUUCAACGCUCGUCGACGCUAUAAUUAUCACGAUCAGGUGGUUGAACAAAAAAGUGAAUGGAAAGUCAGGUGGAAAUCUCAACUGUCAGAGCUGAAGAGAAGAAGUAACAGCAAGGAUGUUGGAGGGAAUAUGUCAUGGGCAGCACGAAUGCGCCAGCAGAGGGAUGAAUUGUCAAAUGAAUCAUGACCUGGAUUUUCCUUAGUUCUCUAUAUGUAUGUAACUAGUUGUAUAUAUAGAUAAUAGAUAAUGUGUACAUCUUCCUACUCGAGAUCAAAUCAGAUAUAAAAUUGAUGUUGAGAAAACGUGCCCUUGGCCCAUUGCUCUA